AGGAAAAUAAUGGAUAACGCAAGCUAGAAAAAGAGAGAUUGAAUUCUCUUCGCCAAUCAAAUUUGGAAUCAGUAGCCGCCGUACACCCAAAAGCGGAUGGAAGACAAGGAGAAGAAGGGGCUAGAAGGCGCUGGUUUGGAUCCUACAGUCAGUCGCCAUGGCAACUUGAAGAGUGCUUCAAGCGAUCAAGAUUUCAAGGAUGUUCUUCUUCAAAUCAAGUCCUCAAAAACCACUGCAGUUAUCAAUUAUGGUGCAUCCUGGUGUCGUGUAUGCAGUCAAAUUCUUCCAGCAUUCUGUCGCCUGAGUAACAAUUUUCCAAAGGUUUCUUUCAUCUAUGCAGAUAUUGAUGAAUGUCCAGAAACAACUGAACACAUCCGAUACACCCCGACAUUUCAUUUUUAUCGCGACGGUGAAAGAGUAGACGAGAUGUUUGGUACUGGGGAAGAACGACUGCACGACCGGUUGUGGUUGCAUUCCUAAAGCCAGGUUAGAUUAACCACCACAUCAUCAUCAUUUGUCAUCAUCAGUUAUGAGGAUGAGGAAUACACACCGUAGUUAGGUUGGUAAUGGCUCUGUUUUGGUAUUUGGUUCAGAAAUUGAGCUCAUUUCUGUAUCCAUCUCAUUCUCUUUAUAAACAAGAUCAUUUCUAGUAAGCAUUUCAUUUUAUCCUCUUAUGAAGUCAUGUAGAUUGUUCUUAAAGGUAGAUUUACAAUGGAUACUCGGUUUCUUUUGACA